GUACCGUUACCGGCGAACUGCGCGUGCUUCUCCACAGAACCUCACACAACCUCACGGAUUAAAUAAACCUCACAGGGAAUUCCGGCUCUUCUUUAUGUCCUCAGUGGGGUUUUUUGGGGGGGAAUCCGGUCCUGACCUGGAGGAGUUUUUCUUUUCUUUUCUUUUUUGCUUUUAGAAGUUGUGAAGCGCGAGCGCUCCUUCCACUGAGCUGACUUGGAGAGAAGUUUCCAUUUCUUCUUUUUCUUCCUCCUCCUCUUCCUCUUCCUCUUCUUCUUCUUUACAGAGCGGGUUUUUGAGGAUUGCGCCUUUGCUUUAAUUGUUUUUUUGGCACUGAAAGGAAAGCACAAGAAAGAAAAAAGAGGAAGAAAGAAAGAAAAAGAAGCACCGAGGGGGAAAAAAGUGGGCAUGUAGCGCAGACAACACGAUCCCAGGAUCCCACUUCCUGUCCACCCCUCAGCUUGCUCUCGGAAUGGGACUGCACCUCCCCAGAGUGCACUUCUUCACUGGGGGGUGUGGCCAUCCCUGGGCAAAACAGACAGCAUAGACCACCUGCAGUAUUCUUUUGACCCCUGUGACCUUGGUGUGACCCUGUCCAGCCAUGCCUUUCGGGCUGAAACUGCCUCGUACGAGGCGCUACAACGUGCUGAGCAAGAACUGCUUCGUGAUUCGGAUCCAACUGCUGGACAAUCACAUGAUCGAGUGCACACUGUCCAUCGAGGGGACUGGCCAAGAGUGUUUAGAAGCAGUCGCUCAGCGUCUCGAAUUGAGAGAGACACAUUAUUUCGGCCUGUGGUUUCACUCUAAAGCUCAGAUGCAGAGGUGGGUGGAGUUGGAGAAGCCACUGAAGAAGCAGUUGGAUAAAUUCGGCAAUGAGCCAAUGCUGUACUUUGGGGUCAUGUUCUACGUACCCAAUGUGUCCCGCCUUGAGCAAGAGGUCACCAGGUAUCAGUACUACCUGCAAGUGAAGAAGGAAGUGCUUGAUGGACGACUUCACUGCAACAUGGAGCAGGGCAUUCGACUCGCCGGUCUCGCUGUCCAGGCCGACUUUGGAGAUUUCACUCAGUAUCUGUCUCAGGAUUUCCUCAGGGAAUAUGUUUUGUUCCCCGUGAACUGGCCCCACGGUGACGAGGUGCUGGACGGGUGGACUCAGAAAGUGGCCGAAGAACACAAGAGUCACUAUCAAAUGCAGGCCGCAGAUGCAGAGCUGCUCUACAUUAAAGAGGUGGAGAAACUGGAUGGAUUUGGGCAGGAGAGCUUUGCUGCUAAAGACAACUACACCAACGACAUCUUCAUCGGUGUUUCGUUUAUCGGAAUCUUUGCCAAGCACAGGAACGGGAGAUCCAUCAUGCUUCACCGGUGGAAGGACAUCGGCACCAUCGGGCACAACAAGUCGGCUAUCACCGUGGAGAUAACCAGCAAAGACGACACCAUCAUGUUUCACAUGGAGGAUAUGGAGAUGGCUAAAUACUUAGCACGCCUCUUCACAGCCAGACACAAGUUUUACAAACAGAACAAGAUCUGUGUAGAGCCGACCCACUCUCCUGUCACUAUACGGAGAAGAUCCACCUGGAACAGGCAGCAUAGACCACAGUCCUGUAUUGCACACUCUCAGUAUCCUGAUCACUAUCAAGAGACCCAAAGCUCGCAAGACAGUAUCUUCCAUGAAGACCCGUACUGUAAGUCCGAGACGAGUCUGGUGGAGUUUAGUUUCCGUAACGGCCUGGUUCCUAAUGGCAGCAUGUGCAGUAGCCCAAGCGUAAGCUCGCUGAACCGCUCACAGACUUUUGUUCACUCCUCACCGAUGUCUUCAAGCCCUAGCAUCCCUGGGAGUGAGCUCAUGCGGUCUGACUACAUCCCCAGCCAACGGCACUCGGCCAUCAUCCCUCCCUCCUACAGGCCCACACCAGAGUACGACGCUGUGAUGCGGCAAAAACGUUGCCUCCUCCCAAACACACCCACCAUUGAUUGUCACAGCCAGUCACUGCGCAGCCUCAACAUCAGCAAUACGUAUGUUUACCGUCAGCCGUCACUAGUGUACAGCCAGCCGGAAAUGCGUGAGCAAAGCCCGUACCCUACGCCCUAUGGCGGGAGUGGCGGUCCUCAGCCAGUAUAUGGACUUCAUGCUGGCCCCACCCUACCUCACCAGGGUCAGAUGGUACAUUCAACAGCUGCUCAGCCGCAAUGUAGCGCCGCUAAUGGCAUUUCACAUACUGUCAGCACGCCAGAGCUGGCCAACACUAAGCAGCAAGUGAUUAACAGGACUACCCAUGUGUUUAGGAACCACCAAUCAAAACCUCCACCCCCUUACACGGCAUCCUUUAGGCCAGCUACCAGCACGCCAGAUUUGGCGAGCCACCGGCAACGCUGCAUUGGAGGCUCUAGUCCGGAGCUGGUGACACGUAAAGUGCAGCUGUCUGUGAAAACCUUUCAACCAGACAGCUCAGCCGUGGUUCACCAGUCGUUACAGGAAGUGAGCGCGCCGUUAACGGCCAUGAAGCACCGUUCCACACUUGCCAAACGCCACAGCAUGGAAGUCGCAAUGGUCCUCAAGGCAGCCAGUGUAGUUCCCUUGCCUCGAAGGAACACACUACGAGAGCAAGUGCCACCCCUGAUCCCUCCUCAGCAGGCACAGGCCCCACCUCCUCCACCACCUCAGCUGGCUGAGGUGCAAAUGUCAGCCCAGAAAACCACCAACCCCGACCCAACAUACCAGCAUCAUCAAAAAACACUCUCUAAUGUCACCAUGCUGAUCCACAGCAGUGAGAGCGAAGAGGAAGAGGAGGACUAUGCCCCCGAGCUGGACGUCCACAUCCCAGGCCUGAACGAGGACAUCAGUGCUCAACUGCAGGCGGCACUUGCUAACAUUCCUAACAAACCUCCCCCGGAAUACCCGGGACUGCGGUCUAGCAGCAACAACAUUGCACUCAGACACCACAACCAGGACCGGAGCCGCGGUUCUCCAGAGGCAGCCCAGGUACAAACGCAGGUUGAUGCUCACACAGGAGGGCACCGCGGGAGACAAAGUCCAAGCCGUAUGGAGCCGGUGGGCCUGACCGGGGUGACUCUGGGACCGUCCAUCUCUGAGCCUGACCUUACUAGUGUGAAGGAAAGGGUUAGGAAAGAACCGGUUAAAGAGAGACCUGUUUCCGAGAUGUUUGCUAUCGAGGACAGCAUUGUGGAGAGAGAGAUCGCACAGAGGACUCUGGAGAGGCAGAAGAUGUCUGUAGACUCGGUGAAAAGGCCUCUGAUGAUGGCCGCCCCGAACGGACUCUACGUGAGCCGAAUGCCCGUCCCAGAAAGCCCACGCGAGGACGUCUCCUCCAAGGCCAACACGGACGAGAUGUGUAAGCAUCUGGAGCUGAGGUUGGAGGAGGAGCGGCUCUUCGCAGAAUACGAGCAGAUCCCUAAAAAAAGACCUGAGUGUAACCUCGCCACGGCCACGCUGCCCGAUAACACCGAGAGGAACCGGUUCCGUGACGUGGUUCCGUACGAGGACAACCGCGUCGAGCUGGUACCAAACAAAGAGAACAACACGGGCUACAUCAACGCCUCCCACAUCAAGAUGCUGAUCAGAGGGGAGGAGUGGCAUUACAUCGCGACGCAGGGACCUCUUCCCAACACUAGUCACGAUUUCUGGCAGAUGGUCUGGGAGCAAGGGGUCAAUGUGAUUGCCAUGGUUACGGCAGAGGAGGAGGGAGGUCGCUCUAAGAGUCACAGGUACUGGCCGAAACUCGGCUCCAAACACAACUCGGCCACCCACGGCAAGUUCAAGGUCACCACCAAAUUCCGUACAGACUCAGGUUGCUACGCCACGACAGGGUUAAAGGUCAAGCACCUGCUGUCUGGUCAGGAGCGGACCGUGUGGCACCUACAGUACACCGACUGGCCCGAGCACGGCUGCCCCGAAUACGUACAGGGCUUCCUGGCCUACCUGGAGGAGAUCCAGUCUGUGCGUCGUCACACUAACAGCAUGCUGGACGCCUCGAAGAACCCGAAACCUCCGGUUGUGAUUCACUGCAGCGCCGGAGUCGGACGCACCGGAGUCGUUAUUCUCACUGAGCUCAUGAUCAGCUGCCUGGAGCACAACGAGAGGGUGGAGGUCCCGGUGAUGCUAAAUCACUUGAGACAGCAGAGGAUGCUGAUGGUUCAAACGGUCACUCAGUACAAGUUUGUGUAUCAGGUUUUGAUCCAGUUUUUGAAGAACACCAGACUGAUCUGAGUCAGACUAUGUGUGUGUGUGUAUCUGUACAUAUCAGUGUGUGUAUAUGUGUGUGCACACCAUUCUAACUUGCUGCCUUUAACUUAAAGUGCAUGACACGCUCGGGUCGAAGCAUCUCUAGUCUUCUCUGGAAAAAAAAGGACCAACGUAAUUCCUAACAGAACAUUCUUCAGUAAACGAGUGGAGAAAAGCCUGUAUUAUAAUUCUUCAUUUUUUUUUUUUGGUUCAUUUAUUUUUAUUCUGGAGGACCGCCCCUUUCCAUUAGGGUCCCUUUAACAUAAACAGCUAAAAUCUUAUCUUGUAGCUCCACCUCCUCUUUAUCAUGACCGACAUCCUGCUUGAUAUGUAAGGAAGAAAGUCAGGAAUGAUUUUGUGAUUUCGUUUAUUGAGGUGAAUUCCUUUAAAUGUAAAAAUUUUUAAAUUUUCAUACUGUAUUUUCCAGGCUAUAAGUUAUACCUAACACACCUCCGGAAACUCCGUCUGUUUAGAUAUGUGAAGUUAGGAACUUCACUUUUACUUUCCCAUUUACACAGAUACAAAAGAAAAGUUUGUGCACCCUUGGUCAAAUUCUGUAUGUUGUUGAAUUUUAAUAUGAAAAGAAAACCAAAAAAAAGGAUUAUUAAA